AACGUAUCUUCUCUACUCUCCAUUUUUGCAAUGGCUUUCAUACUUAGCACCAUAGCCACCAACAUCACUACAGAUCAGUCCUCUCUUCUCUCUUUGAAAUCCUACACCAGCUUAAGUCCCAACCAUACAUUGGCAAACAACUGGUCAAUCAGUACUUCUAUUUGCGACUGGAUUGGAGUUGUUUGCGGAUCCAAACACCAUAGAGUGGUCGCAUUAGACAUAUCAAAUAUGGGUAUUGUGGGUACCCUUCCACCACAAUUAGGCAACCUCUCAUUUCUUGUUUCUCUUAACAUAAGCCACAACAAUUUCUAUGGAAAUUUGCCUAGAGAGUUAGCCAGCCUACGCCGACUACAAUACAUAGAUUUUGGUUAUAAUAAUUUUAGUGGAAAAAUUCCAGAAGAGAUUGGCAAUCUUGAGAAUGCAAAAUGGCUGAUAUUGGAAGUUAACCAACUCGUUGGUCCUAUCCCCUUCACCAUCUUCAACAUUUCCACGUUACAAAAUUUGGUCCUCAACAAUAAUAGCUUAUCUAUCUCUCUUCCAAUUAAGCUAUGUCAACAUGCUACAAGACUCAAAGUGCUUCGCCUGUCUUUUAACCAGUUAAAUGGUGAUAUUCCAAAGAAUUUAACAGGUUGCUCAGAACUUGAAGAAUUACAGUUAGGUUACAACAAUUUUGUUGGGACAAUUCCAGGAGAGAUUGGGAGGUUGAAUAUGCUUCAGGUUCUAAGCCUCUUUAGCAAUAACUUAGAAGGAGCAAUACCCGAAACAAUAUUUAACAUUUCUGCACUAGUUAUUAUAAGCAUGGGAAACAACAAUUUCUCUGGUACUCUUCCACCAAACAUGUGUUCACAUCUUCAGAAGCUUGAAGAACUUUACUUGCAUAAGAAUAAGCUAUAUGGAAAUAUUCCAAGGAGCAUAGGUGAAUGCUCUUCACUUAAAUACCUUUAUAUGUCGGACAACGAACUAAAUGGGUCAUUGCCAAGACAGAUUGGAAAUUUGACAAUGCUAAAGAAGCUUUAUCUUGGUGGCAAUUCCUUGUCAGGUAAAAUACCAAGAGAGUUGAACAAUCUUGAUAUACUAGAGAUCCUUGGGUUAGGAAGGAAUGGAUUAAGUGGUUCCAUUCCGUGGGAAAUCUUCAAUAUUUCAACACUCACAGCACUAUCAUUCGCAUUCAAUAACCUUUCAGGUAUUCUUCCAACAUCAUUAGGCCAUUGGCUUCCUAAUUUAGAAUACUUAUACCUUGAAGCAAACUAUAUUGGAGGAGUUAUACCUGCCCAAAUCUCAAAUGCUUCCAACCUUGUUCGUCUUGAUCUUGACGAUAACCAAUUCGCAGGCUUCAUUCCAAAUUCCCUUGGAAACUUAGCACAACUCGAAACUCUAAUGAUUGCUGAUAACAACCUAACAAUUGAUCUUCAAUUCAGCCUUAUAACUUCAUUGGCAAAUUGUAGAUACCUCCAAACAUUGGUGUUGUCAUCAAACCCUUUAAACACUGUGAUCCCAAAUGCAAUUGGCAACCUCUCCACCAAUCUCCAAAUUUUUGACUUGGACAAUUGUAACAUCAGGGGACAAAUUCCCCAAGAGAUUGGCAAUUUAAGUAGCUUAUACAAGUUGAUUUUAUCGUCCAAUGAAAUUAUAGGAUUUUUGCCUAUAACUCUUCAGGCUCUUCAGAAUCUUCAGUUGUUCCACAUAUCAGAGAAUAGAUUAAUGGGAUCAUUUCCAGAUGUGGUCUGUGAACUACAGAACUUGUUUCGAAUAGAUCUAGUAAAAAAUAAAUUUUCAGGUCCAAUAUCAGAUUGUUUAAUUAACGUUUCUUCCCUGAGAAAGAUCGAUUUGUCAGAAAAUGAAUUCACUUUCUUCCCUCCUAGCCUAUGGAGCCUUCCAAAUCUUUUUAUGCUUGGAUUGUCAUCAAAUAACUUGAGCGGUUCUCUACCUCAAGAAAUCGGGAAUGCAAAGACGGCAAUACUUAUUUAUCUCUCAUAUAACAAACUAUCUGGAGAACUUCCAACUAGUAUUGGAGGUUUGACAGAGUUGAUGGAUUUUUCUGUGGCUCACAACACAAUGCAGGGUUUUAUUCCUGACACAUUUGGCAAACUCCUGGAUUUGCAUUCCUUGGAUCUUUCUGAUAAUAAUUUAUCUGGAAUGAUUCCCAAAUCAUUAGAGGGGCUUGUAAACAUGAACUAUUUCAAUGUUUCAUACAACAGAUUGACGGGUAAAAUUCCAAGUGGAGGCCCUUUUGCCAACUUCAGUUAUGAAUCAUUCAUGUCAAAUGAUGGUCUAUGUGGUAAUCCUCGGAUGCAUGUUCCACCUUGUCCAGCCAAUACUCUGCGCCCAUCAAAGAAGAACAGAGUGGUUAUGUUUAUACUUGUCUCAUUGGCAAUUCUUGUAGUGCUCAUUGCCUCUGUUGCUGUAAUUUUUAUUUUCAAGAGGCAUAGGAGGGAGGUUCCCAGUGAACCUAGCUUGCUGUUGGCAUUGACACCGGCGAGAUUUUCAUACUAUGAACUCCAACGGGCAACCAAUGGAUUUGAUGAAGGCAACUUGCUAGGUAGUGGAAGCUUUGGAUUUGUUUAUAACGGGAUUUUAACAAAUGGGAUGCAUGUAGCUGUCAAGGUUUUUCGUUUGAUACACGAAGAUGCAAGUAGGAGUUUUGAGACUGAAUGUGAAGUUUUACGCAACAUUCGUCACAGAAACCUCACAAAGGUUCUUGGCUGUUGUUCCAACUUGGAUUUUAAAGCAUUGGUGCUAGAGUACAUGCCUAAUGGGAGUCUACACAAGUGCUUAUAUUCUCACAAUUAUUUCUUAGAUAUGAUGCAAAGAGUGAGUAUAAUGAUAGAUGUGACAUCUGCAUUGGAAUAUCUCCACAAUGGUUAUUCAGAGCCUGUUAUCCAUUGUGACUUGAAACCCAACAAUGUCUUAAUGGAUACUGAAAUGGUUGGUCAUUUGAGUGACUUUGGUGCCUCAAAGCUCUUAGAAGAUGGAAACUCCACAGCCUUUACAAAUUCCCUCACAACAAUUGGUUAUAUUGCCCCAGAGUAUGGACAGGAAGGUCUUGUGUCCACCCGCAGUGAUAUGUACAGUUAUGGUAUCAUGUUGCUUGAAGUUUUUACCAGAAAACAACCCGGAGAUGAAAUGUUCAAUGAAGAUUUAAGUUUGAGGAGUUGGGUGCACAAUGCAGUUCCUACCAAAAUAAGUGAGAUUAUAGACCCCAACUUAGUUGGACCAAAUGAAGCCAAAUAUGAUGAAAAAUUGCAGUGUGUGUUGGCUAUCUUAGAGCUGGGCAUGAAUUGUUCAGCAGAAUCUCCUCGAGAGAGGAUGACCAUCAAAGAUGCCUUACUAGCACUGGAAAAGAUCAAAGUCCAACUUCUUUCUUUGUAUGCCAAAACUUAAAGGAGUAUGGAUUGUAUCUUACUUGAAAAUGGAGGCUAAAUGCGACAUCCAGUUGCUAUUGUAUCUUACUGUAUUUGGCUCCUUAUGAGCUUUCAAGUUUUUUGUUUCACCAAAAAUGAUACUUGCAUGCAGCUGGGCUUUCAAGUU